GUGGGAGGUCCAUGGAGUGAUAUUGGCAAGGUGACAUGAUUGGGGUUCUAGCAGAGGAAGUAGGGUACCAUUUUACAGAAACUCAUAUCCAAGAGGUGAGCUGGAUGGAGAUCCACAGGUGGGAACUUCGGGAUCCUCUGGUGUUGGGGAUGUGAGCUGGACUUCCUCAUUUGCAUCGGUGGCUUCCUUGUUCGUCUAGAUGGCUCUUGAUUCUGGACUGUAUAGGCACAAGUUUCCAGUGCUUGUAGCCCACCACCCUCAGUGCAGUGGGUGGAGAAACUGACGUGCAGAGGGGCGGGUCCGCUUCCUCACCUGGCCCCUAGCCCUUACCCCGCCGCCCACGAGGGGAGGAGCCAGCGGCCGCCCCGGCCUUGGGGCUCUACAAGCAUGGCGGGCCCGGGGUCGCGGCCACGGAGCUGGGGCUGGCGGGAGACUGGCUCCGGGGACGAGGCUGCGGCCGGUGGGCCCGGCCCGGGACUGUGUCGCUGCGCACAAGGGAGGCGGGCGCUGGCCGCCCCCCGGAAGCCGGCUGUGUCCGCCGCGUGGACGUCCUUCAUGGAGGCCGAGGAAAUGCACUGGCCUGUCCCCAUGAAAGCCAUUGGUGCCCAGAAUCUGCUGACCAUGCCUGGUGGUGUGACCAAGGCUGGUUACCUGCAUAAGAAGGGUGGCACCCAGCUGCAGCUGCUCAAAUGGCCCCUACGCUUUGUGAUCAUCCACAAACGCUGCAUCUAUUACUUCAAGACGAGCACAUCUGCCUCCCCACAGGGUGCCUUCUCCCUGAGUGGCUACAACCGAGUGAUGCGGGCAGCCGAGGAGACCACAUCCAACAACGUCUUCCCAUUCAAGAUCAUUCACAUCAGCAAGAAGCAUCGCACGUGGUUCUUCUCAGCCUCCUCUGAGGAUGAGCGCAAGAGCUGGAUGGCCUUGCUACGCAAGGAAAUCGGCCACUUCCACGAGAAGAAGGAGCUACCUUUAGAAACCAGUGACUCUAGCUCAGACACUGACAGCUUCUAUGGUGCAGUUGAACGACCUAUAGAUAUCAGCCUCUCUCCAUACCCCACAGACAAUGAAGACUAUGAGCAUGAAGAUGAGGAUGACUCGUACUUGGAACCUGACUCCCCGGGGCCCAUGAAGCUUGAGGAUUCCCUGACACAUCCACCAGCCUACCCGCCACCCCCUGUGCCCGUACCUCGGAAGCCAGUCUUCUCUGACUUGCCCCGUGCCCACUCGUUCACCUCCAAAAGCCCAAGCCCCUUACUUCCACCCCCACCGCCUAAGCGAAGCCUUCCGGAUGCUGGCCCUGCCCUUGAGGAUGCUAAGAAGGACCCAUUGGGCUUGAGGCGAAUAGAGCCUGGCCUCAGGGUGCCUGCUACCCCUCGGAGGAUGAGUGACCCACCACUGGGCAAUGCACCCACCAUACCCAGCCUCCGGAAACCUUGCUUCCGAGACAGUGUGAACCCCAGCCCGGAACCCUGGACCCCUGGCCAUGGGACUAGCUCUGUCUCCAGCUCUGCCGCCAUGGCCGUUGCCACCUCAAGGAACUGUGACAAACUCAAGAGCUUUCACCUGUCUUCCCGAGGGCCGCCCACAUCUGAGCCCCCACCCGUGCCUGCCAAUAAGCCCAAGUUCCUGAAGAUAACUGAAGAAGCCUCCCCGAAAGAGGCAGCCAAGCCUGGACUCUUUGUGCCCCCUGUGGCCCCCAGGCCUCCUGUGCAGAAGAUGCCCAUCCCUGAGGCUACAGUUCGGCCUGCGGUGCUGCCUAGGCCAGAAAAGACUCCUCUCCCCAACCUCCAGCGAUCCCCCCCUGAUGGACAGAGUUUCAGGAGCUUCUCCUUUGAAAAGGCCCGACAGCCCUCACAGGCUGACCCUGGCGAGGAUGACUCAGAUGAGGACUAUGAGAAGGUGCCGCUGCCUAACUCCGUGUUUGUCAACACCACAGAAUCCUGUGAGGUAGAAAGGUUGUUCAAAGCGACGAAUCCCCGUGGAGAGCCUCAGGAUGGGCUGUAUUGCAUUCGGAACUCCUCCACCAAGGCAGGGAAGGUCUUGGUCGUGUGGGAUGAAUCCUCGAACAAAGUGAGGAACUAUCGCAUCUUUGAGAAGGAUUCUAAGUUCUACCUGGAAGGUGAGGUUCUGUUUACAAGUGUGGGCAGCAUGGUGGAGCACUACCACACUCAUGUACUGCCCAGCCACCAAAGCCUGUUGCUGCGGCACCCAUACGGCUACACUGGGCCCAGGUGACAUCCGUUCUACACAGCUCUUGGGUGGAAGCAGCCACGGGGCCACAGCCCUGCCACAUAGAUGGAGACCGGCUUGCAUUGGAAGAUGAGCAGGAAUUGGCUUGACACCAGACCUCAUCAACAAGACUCCCAGCCUCAGUGAACGGGCUGGGUCCCAGGCUGGAGCAGGCCAAACUCCUAGAGGACGGGCUGGCUGAUGUGGCCCAUGCAGCCCCUCCAUGUCCCACCUCUCAAGAACCUAGGGCCGACGACUAAGUGCUGCCCGGGCUUGGACGACACAAAAUCCGGUCCCCAUAGCAUACCCACCCUGUAGUGGGGGCUGGGACCAAGCAAGGCUGGGGUAGUCGGAGGGGGCCGAAGGCUGGUCCUAGGACCCAUAGGAAUGCUAAGACACAGGCCCAAGGAGGGACCAUCGCCUUUUAAUAAAUCAGAGAUGACUUGUCUCAAUGGCCAGGGUUUGAUCGGCACUGAGGGGACAGUAGGCUCUACUGAGCAUCACCGAUGUCCAGGUAGAGAGCUACUGACAGCAGCCCUGAUGGGUGGUCUUCAGUCUUCUGGGGCACUAGCCGCUAAGUGAACUGACUGGGGAACAUAGCUGAAUAAUAGAUCAGGAUCCAUCUGGAACAGUGUUGGCUGCGAACUUCAAAGCCCCAGUUAGCAGUUACUGAGUGCCUCCUGUGUGACUGGCCUGGUGCUGGAGCUGGUUGUUGGCUGUGAGCAGCCCCUAAUCUGGCUUGGCAGAGCUUAGUCUAGAGCAGGUCAGUGAGUAGGAGGUGCUGGUGAUGGUGCAGUGGUCUGGGAAGCUGUGCAUGAAGGAGCCAGGAGCUUGGGAUCCAGGGGGCGGGUCUGGGAAGACUUCUUACAGGAAGUGGGGAGAGUGGGAUCUGGAUGGGCCAAGGACGGGUGGGGAUAGUCGCAUCCAGGUGCCCAAGUAGUUUGGGUGGUCUCCAUUGGUCCCCUCAUGAAAUUCUGUCAUGCUGCACCCUUGGUACAGCUGUCUAGGUUGAACUUUUCUUGUGAAAAUAAAUGCAUCUGGAGGUCAGGGCUGGCAAAGA